UAGGUCCUACUGUAUGUACAUUGCCAUUAGAACUCACAUAGGCGCAUUUGGAACAGGGUUUCCAGUCUAAGGAAACCCUUUCCUUCACUAAAGCACAAAUUCAUUCUGAAAGAGAUUUUGCAAAACAGGGCAGUUCAAAGGGGACGACAGAGCUGCAUUGGUGCUGUUACUAUCUGUGAAUUUUUACUGUACUGUAUAUGGAUUUUUUUUGCUAUUAAUUUUGCACAUCUGCACGUUUGCGUUAACUUGCUAGCGGCGUUAUGUGUUCACCUUUUGUUGCGUUUUUUCCUUCCUUAAGCACAAGGGUUAGGGCUUUUUAUCCUACAUAAUAUACGUACAGAAGCUUCUUUUUCCUGAUGGAAUUUUGCUAAUCACAUUUUCUUUGUUCUUUCAGAAAUAACAAAAUAGUUAUAAAAUAUUAAAACUUUUACGUUUAAUUGAAUUAAGAUAUUGUUUUAACUAUAAAUCUUGAAACAAAUAUUUUCUUGCAUAACCAUGAGUUCAGACAAACACAGUUUUCUCUCUCAGCCUGUGGUGAAGAACGUAGUUAUGUAUCGAAAUGGAGACCCGUAUUUUGAAGGUAGACGUCUGGUGAUAAACGAGAAAAGAGUGUCCACUUUCGAGACAUUUUUGAAAGAAGUGACAGGAGGGGUUCAAGCUCCUUUCGGGGCUGUCAGGAACAUUUACACCCCGAAAGGAGGACACCGGCUGACCUCAUUGGAACACCUGCAGAGCGGACAACAGUAUGUAGCAGCUGGAAGAGAAAAGUUCAAGAAAAUUGAUUAUUUGCAGAUUGGAGCCAAAAAGAAAAAAAAUCUUCAAAAUACAGCAGCACUGAUAAAACCAGUGGCCCAUAGUAGGAUAAUUGUAUCUGCAAGAUUUCUGAAACCUAUUAAAGAGCCAUGUGCAAUUUUUGUGGUUGCCAAUGGAGAUGUGUUAAAUCCAGCUGUCAGGCUUUUAAUACCUCGUCGAGUACUGGGACAAUUUGAUCACGUGCUUGAGAUGAUCACAGAGAAAAUGGGUUUGCGAAUUCUAGGAGGUGUGCGCAGCCUGUACACUUUGGAUGGGGGACUCAUCAGUGAUGGAAAGGAACUUGAAAAUGGACAGUUUUAUGUCGCAGUUGGGCGUGAAAGGCUUAAAAAACUUCCCUACAGUGAACUUAUUUUCACAAAACCAGUGGCAAUGAGAAGAUUUAUCGGGUCCAAAGCAGCUUCACUUCCCCCCAUUUUCCGAUUUAGGAAGCAUAAUGAAAAUGGUGGUGAACAUCAGGAUAAAUCAGCUGCUGGUUGCAGUGACACAGGGGAUGCUCUGACCUCUCCACCGGCCAGAGCAAACAAGGAGCAGUUCUCUCAAGGGAAAGGCAUGAAGCUCAGACGAAAAAAGAAUGGCCUCAUCAUGUCACUGAGUUCCCAGGACAAUGAAGAUGGAGAGCUGAAGACUUGGGGAGACAACAGAGAAGAUUUAGAGCUUGAAGAUGAUGGUUUAAAAACAGAGUUACCCCUUGAGCAGAUGUACUGUAGAGAUGUCUACUUCACUGGACUUUCCUUCCAGUCCACUGGAAUGAAAAGGGCAUCACAGUACUUAACAGUACUUCACAGGUGUAGACAAGGCUUGACAGGACUUGGUGGGUCCUUGUGGGCAGAAGCAGUGAAUGAAGAAGACUCUCCUAAGGUGGAAUCUACAGAAGACUUAUCUAAUAGUGGAGAAGAUGCAGCUGAAAAUCUAAUAGAAGAUUCAACCACUGAACAAACCAACAACAAUACUGAUCCUGCAAAUGAAGAGAUCAGCACGGAAUCAGAGGAAUCACAAGAAGUAACAGAGGAGCCUUCUCAUGGAGAAGAUGACAAGGAGGAGGAGGAGACCAGAAAAGAGGAAGAAAAUGAUACAGAAACUGAGGUGACGCCAGCUGAGAAUGGGGAAGAUGAGGAAGAAGAGAACGAUGAACCCCAAACCAAGGAAGAACUUAGUAAAGAAGAAUCACAAAAUGAAGAAGAGGUGGAAGAAAACCAGAAAGCAGAUGAACCAGAGGAACAGCCAGAGGCAAACACAGCAGAAGGGGAGGAAGCAAAACAAGAAGAAGAGCCAGGACCACCUCACGAUGACAAUGGAGGAAUGGAGGAAGAAGAAAAGAAAAGUCUGAUGGAGUCAGUGGAUAAACUAGAAGGAGGGAAUGAGGAAGGGGAGGAGAAAAAUGAUGAAUAAAGAGGCAGUGCAUAAGAAGAAUGUACUUAGAACAUAAGAAAGAUUACAAAUUAGAUUCAAUUUUUUCCCAUCUAGCUUAUUUGGUUGCUAGUACAGUAGCUAAGUGAUACAAAGGAUCUCAUCACGCUACUUACUGAAAGAAGCUACAUUUUAAUAGCUAGGUAGUAUCUUCCAGUCUCCUACCUUGUGUAAAAAGUGCCUUUUGUUCUCAGUCUUAAAUUCACUUUUGUUUUGUUUCCACUUGUGUCCUCUGAUACAUGUUUUAGCUUAGGCUUUUAAGAAGUGCAAUAUAUUGACUUUGUCAGUACCCUUGAUAAUUUUGAAUACUUGAAUCAUGUUCCUUGUAGUCUUCUCUGUUGAAAACUAAAUAGAUUCAGUUCUUUGUAUGUAAAAGGUCACUUUUUUUCUGGAGGACAAUAUCUUUCAUAAUGGUGAGAAAAUAUUAAAUUGGUGCAAGUAUACAAAAAUAUUUACCACAGUAAAUAUUACCACACAAUACCACAGUAUAUAUGACAAUAUUUGUAUCUGAUGUUACAUUAGUGAAUCAUGAAAUUAUAACAUAAAAAUCCCAGAUUUAAAUUAAACUAUUUUAACUUUAUAUCUGGACAUUCUCUAAGUAUUGUUUUUUGUUAUUUCACAUUAGCUACAAGACAAACAUCAUUUCAAAAUAAUUAUAUGAAAGAAACCUAAGCUUUAAACACAGACAGCUUCUUGAAACUAAUCAUUUCCUAUAUUAAUUUAUAUGUUCCUUUUGCUACCUGUAUCUAAUGCUCUGCACUUGAAUUUCCUGUGUAGCUUCUACAAAGUGUUUGCUUAUCCUAAAUUGGGUAUAUUCUGUGAGCUUGCUUAGUUUGCUAGUUAUGCCAGAAUCUGGAUUACAGAUAUAAAUUAGGAGGAGCAGUGAUCCUAAUACAGAUCUCUGUGGUACUCUACUAAUUAAAUCACCUAUAUUAGAGUUUUCACCCUUAAUGAAAGGUCAUAUGGAAGAAACCAUGAAAGUACAGACAUGUUUCAUAAAGAGUGCAUACAUACACAGAUGUUUGAGUAAGUUUUAGAUUCAUUACAGAAAAACAAAAUCUGAAAGCAUUAAAAAAUUUGCUGAAAAAUUAGAGUAUGUUAAUAAAAGGAUAACGACAAACUGCAUAGUGGAUAUUCUAUUUAAGUACAAAGAUUUUGUUGUGCUUUAAAGACAUUACUAUAUGUUAGAAUAUAUGUACUCAGAGAAAUGAAAAUACCAGCUGCAUUUGAACUCAGAAGCUCUAUUAAGCUUAAUUAUUUAUCACAAUGAGAACCUAAGAAAAAUGAUUUUGUAUAAUUAUA